UGGCUGUUCGCAAUUGCUGCUGUUAUUUCAGUUCCAGCUGCUUCCUUACUGCUCGAUCAGUCCAGCGGCUGAGAGUAGAGAUGGUGUUCCAAGCAUCUCUCAUUUCAAACCAGUUUAACCAGCAUGCGAACCGGGAAGAGACAUGACAGCGCACGCACAAGACAAGGCGUCAGUCCUCUCCUUCUACCCAUCCUGUUCGGGCCUGGCAAGGACAUUUUUUGCUAUAUUCUCCUGUUUUCUGUCUGCGCGUUAUGCUACAGUAACUCUCUGCAAGGGGAGUUUGUGCAUGACGAUGUGUGGGCUAUCAGUAACAAUCCUGAUGUCAGACCCGGCUCCAGUAUGAAAAACAUAUUUUUCAACGACUUCUGGGGCAAGAGAAUGGCCGAUAACACCAGCCACAAAUCAUACAGACCUCUCUGCAUUCUCACUUUCAAACUGAAUAUUCUACUGAGCGGCAUGACACCCUUAUGCUUCCAUGUGGUGAAUGUAUUCUUGCACUGCACAGUGACUGCCCUGUUGAUGUAUACCUGCGAGAAGACUGUGUUUGAUGACAGGCGCCUGGCCUUCCUUGCAGCGCUGCUGUUUGCUGUUCACCCUAUACACACAGAAGCGGUGUCUGGAAUUGUUGGGAGAGCAGAUGUAUUGGCCUGCUUUUUAUUCCUUUUGACAUUUCUCUCCUAUAUUGGGAGUGUGGAUCCAAGUUGUUUUGGGGAACGUUUCCCUGCUACAGCCUCCUCUUGUGCCCUCUUGCUGAGUCUGUUCCUGGGGACCUGUGCAAUGCUGCUGAAAGAAACUGGAAUCACUGUUUUCGGAGUGUGCCUGGUUUACGAUCUGUUGGUUUUAUGCCAGAAGCAACUUAAUGUGUAUAUGUCUUCUGCCAAGAUUAAAGAUCUCUUGAGAGUGUCUGGACCAUUUUUUAAAAGAGCCGCUGUUGUUACUGUCUACGUGUUUGUUAUCAUAUUCUUUCGCCUGUGGAUGAUGGGAGGAUCGAUGCCUUUAUUCUCUGAACAAGACAACCCAGCAUCGUUCUCUCCACACCUACUCACAAGAUUCCUGACUUACUCAUACCUUCUGGCCUUCAACGCCUGGCUUCUACUGGCUCCGAUUGUGCUGUGCUACGACUGGCAGGUGGGGAGUAUCCCACUGGUGGAGUCUGUGUGGGAUGUUCGAAACAUAGCGACAGUCCUUUUUGGAGUUGUGAUGAUGUGCUUGUGCCUACAUUGCCAUACAUCAUUGCAGAAAAUGAACAACAGAGAGGUGUUAGUGGGGAUCCUCUUCCUGGUUUUCCCAUUCAUUCCUGCCAGCAAUCUUUUCUUCAGAGUAGGCUUUGUAGUUGCAGAAAGAGUUCUGUACAUGCCCAGCAUGGGGUACUGCAUCCUGGUGGUCCAUGGCUUUAACAAGCUGUGCACCCUGGUGGGUAAAUGGGGAACGACAGCCCUGACUGUGUCCAUGCUUCUGCUUCUGCUGCUGUUCUCAUGGAAGACGGUGCAGCAGAAUGAAAUCUGGCUUUCCAGAGAAUCUCUCUUCAGAUCUGGAAUUCAGACUUUACCCCACAAUGCCAAGGUACACUACAACUAUGCCAACUUCCUGAAAGACCAAGGACGAAACCCAGAAGCUAUUUAUCACUACCAGACAGCUCUCAAACUGUACCCACGCCAUGCGAGUGCGCUGAAUAACCUGGGAACCCUAACUACAGACCCAAUGGAGGCAGAGCUGUACUACAGACAGGCUCUGCAGAUAAACACACAGCACAACCGGGCACUAUUCAACCUCGGGAAUCUCCUUAAAUCCCAGGGGAAGGAGACGGAGGCUGAGCAGCUGCUGAGAGAUUCCAUUCAAUUUGGUCCCCAGUUUGCAGAUGCCUAUUCUAGUCUUGCUUCAUUAUUUGCUGAGCAGAAACGAUUUGAAGAAGCAAAUAAAAUAUACCUGGGUGGAAUUGAAAACUGCCCAGACAGUUCUGAUCUGCAUAAUAACUAUGGGGUUUUUUUGGUGGACACCGGAGAUGGGGAUAGAGCAGCCACACAUUACCAGCAAGCCAUUAGGCUCAAACCCACACAUUAUGUAGCUAUGGUGAACCUGGGAAGACUGCUUCGAUCCUCCAAUCAGAACAAAGAGGCUGAAGCCUGGUACAAGAAAGCUUCACAGAUCACUCGUAAGGUUGAAAUAUUGACCCCCCUUGGGGCACUCUACUAUAACACUGGGAGAUAUGAAGAAGCGCUACAGGUCUAUAGAGAGGCUGCUGCACUUCAGCCAGACAACAGUGAGAUCUGGCUGGCAUUGGCCCAGGUCUUGGCUAUGGCUGGUCGAACCAAAGAAGCAGAGAAGAUGACUCUUGAGAUCAUAUCCAAGAACUUGGCCUGUAUUGAAUGUUAUCGGCUCUUAUCUGCAAUUCACAACAAGAGGGGAAGUCAUAAUGAGGCUCUUGAUGCUCUGGAAAAAGCCAUCCAGGUGAAUCACAAGGAUCCCCGGGUCAAGGCAGAGCUGUUAUUUUCAAAAGGAAACCAACUGAGAGAAAUGAAUCUUCUUGACCUUGCUUUUGAGAGCUAUAAGCAAGCAGUGGCAUUAAACCCAGAUCAGUCACAAGCCUGGAUGAACAUGGGAGGAAUCCAGCACAUCAAGGGAGACUACGUGUCAGCUCGAAUGUAUUACUCAAAAGCCUUACAGCUGUCACCGGGCAGCAAGCUUCUGAAAGAGAACCUGGCCAAGCUGGACCGCUUAGAAAAGCAACUUCAGGGAGAGAAAAGAGAAGAUAUUCAUCUUAAGACCUGAAUAAGCAAAUAUAUUGCCAGAGGAAGAAACCAGGAUGACCAGAGCUGGAUUAGGAGACAAAGGCACCUUUGGUGUACUGCCAAAUCAGGACAAAUAAAUGGAGAGGAUUUGUUCCUUUUCUGGAACACCCACCCAUGUGCUGAAAGUCUGGGGUAGCCUGUGAGCAUUAAAAAGUCUGUUUUCAGACGUGAUAACAUCACUAUAGUUAAUUAAUACAAAGUUUUGAUAAGCUUAUUUUAAUGAGUUCACUCGACAUUAUUAAAGUUCUUAUUUUUUUACUUGGUGUACUGUGGACUUCUAUGGAGAGCUUGGAGAGUCAAAUUGCCUUCAGUAAAAGCCUGGAGUUAAUGAUUUUCCCAGAAAAACAAUAAUGAACAAGGGCGUAAAACCCAGAGCAGAAAUAAAAAUGUGACAUUUUGCAUUAUCUAUCAAUCAAUCAAUAUUUGUUAUAUAGCACCUUUCAUAGUGGACCGCCAUCACAAAGCACUUUACAAGAUUGUGAGGAACAAUUGCAUAAUACAUUAAAUACAGUGAAAUACAGGGCAUAGUACAUUAAAUAAAAACACUUAAAAAAAAUGCAAAUACAUUAAAGUCCAUAUCUCACAUAGAAAAUCAUUUUUUGGCUUUGGGGUCGUACUUGGUUUACUUUCACAAUGAGCAAGAAGUUAGAUCUCCAUGAUCAAUUUCAGUGCACUGAGAGAUGUAAAGCUAUCAAUAAUUCCGGAAAAUACCAACAACGCACCGAUGAUGCACGAAGUUGGCGUGACGUCACUAGGGGAACACAUACCAGGAACAGAGAUAUACAUGACUUCAGACUGAAAGCGAUCAUUACGAAUUUCUCCGACAUUUUGAGUAGUCUAUAUUACAAUAAGGACAGCGGGGUGUGGUGUGUAAUGAAAGACAUUGUAGGGAGGAAGAAUAAGUGGUUUGAGGCCCGAUUCCAAACUGUUUUGAACCUCCAGCAGGAGAAAAUUACCACGCUGGCACGAGGAAUGUGUUUGUACUGGUUUAUAGUACUCUGACGUUAUUGUUUUUAUUAAGUCAGCAAUAUGAAAGCCGUGUUCAUGUUUAUUUUCUUUGGGUAGUUUUGGGCCCUGGAGUUGGUAUAUUGUAUAAUAAUAAUUGAUAAUAAUAAUAAUAUCUGACGUCUGAAAAAACAAAUGCAACACUUGCAGAGAACCGAUUAUGUGCAGUGGAUAGCGUAGUAGUACACGGUAAGACACGGUAAGAAAAAAAAUCUAUGGUAGUCAUUUUUAUAUAUGAAGUAUGGUAAUCAUUUUAUGUAUGAAGUGUCUUAUAGAUGCAGCUAUUUAAAAAAAUUGAUUUUUGAUAACUAAACGGUACGGAAUUGUUUAAUUUAAGGCUGGUAAAAAAAAAAAAAAUAGUAUUUCGGUUUUUAAAUUGUUCUGCUGUUGUCAAUAGUCACUUACUUGAUGAUUGUCUUCGUGAACAGCUAUCUUUGUGAACAUAAGAACAUAAUAAAGUUUACAAACGAGAGGAGGCCAUUCGGCCCAUCUUGCUCGUUUGGUUGUUAGUAGCUUAUUAAUCCCUGAAUCUCAUCAAGCAGCUUCUUGAAGGAUCCCAGGGUGUCAGCUUCAACAACAUUACUGGGGAGUUGGUUCCAGACUCUCACAAUUCUGUGUAAAGGUCAGCGUGUGUUUGUGAACUUGUGUACCAGUGUCUUACAAAAGAGAAAAAAUAAAAUUUGUACCCGCCAGAAACCAAAAAACACAAGCUUUAGUCUCCGUGUUCCAAAGUGAUCAUUGCAUUGUGCACUGAGAAACUCAUUGAUUUUACUUUCACGGAAUACAGUACUUUUUUUUAUGCAAUGCAUUCCCUUGCGCCUAUCUGAUGUGAAAUGUAUUUUUGACACUGUUUAACCAUCGCGAAAUAGGCCUGUAUCUACGAUCAUUUUGUUUAUGCCAUAGACAUAUACAUGCAUGUUUAUGGUUUAUGGUUCGUGUUUUCCCCUAGUAACGUCACAGAUGUCAAGAUUCGAAAUCAGGGCUUUUUGGCGGAAGCACUCAAAACAAGCUUUACGAUUGUACAUUUCUUACAGUUACAGCGCAAAAGUAUAAAUUUUAUAUAUAUAUAUAUAUAUAUAUAGAGAGAGAGAGAGAGAGAGAGAGAGCAUUAUUAUAAUGUAGUUUAAUAAAAUAUAAUCAGAUUGUAAUGUGAAAUAGGUGGCAUAUGGACUUUAAAUAGAAGGCUAGGAUGUGAAUUCUAAACAUUGUGGAUACGUGUGUCAUACAGAAUCAUACAAAUAAGAUGGAGUGAAAAACCUGAAAUAGCAAUUUAGACAACAGCUAAUAACAGAAUUAUAUAUAUAUAUAUAUAUUCUGCUACAACAAUCUGGGAAAUUUAUAAAAGGGGUGGGAGCUGCAGUAUUUUUGACUGAAUGUAGUUUCUUAAAUUUUGACCAAAGGCAGUUGGUACCAGCAAAUAACUCAUGGAUGUUUUUAAUCACCCUUGCGUUUUCAAUACAUUUUCUUUAGCUUCACCUAUCUGGGCAUACCCAGCAUUCUCAAUAUUCUUUUAAACUGUGGCUGAUCUAAAUGCACACAGCAUUUAAAUAUUAUAAUAUUUCCAAUCCUGCAGUUUUACUUGCUGUACAUUUAAAGAAAAUACACUGUAAAAGUAAACUUCUUUUAAUGAUUUAAGUGGCACUGAGUCAUUUAGAUUAAUUGAAUAACCCCACUGCUUGAAUCGUAUGAUAACAGAGAAGCCAUGCUGAUUCAAAUCCAAUACAUAAUUUGAGGAUCAGAAGGACCAAAAAAAAAAUCACAAGAGGGUGCAAAAAAUUAGGACAGGGUUGUAAAAAUUAGGCUCAAGUGACCCUAAAUAAAAGACGAAAUGCAUACGAAAAUGUAUGAUGAAUGUAGGAGUUUUAGUGUUCUUAAUGGGGAAUAAAAAAAAAACUUUAAUUUGUAAAUAUUUUAUUAUGAAACUUUUUUCUUUUUUUAGAAUCUAGAGCUGCAUAUCCGCUCGAAGUAUUUAUUUGUUUUAACUUAUUAUAAAAAUGUGUAUAAUCAAUUGUUAUUGUUUAUCAUUAUUAUUACUUGCAUUUUUAUUCUGAAUGUGUUAAACUGGGUUGUUAUUUUAAACCACAGUAUUUCUAAGAUAAUAUUGUAAAAAUGCUAAUGAAGAGAAGUACAGUAUAUGCUGUCUCGCUAUCCAACCCUGGUAGUCCGAAAUGACCAUAAAUAAUGUGAACCCUGCAAUCAUAAUGAAAUGUGUACUGAUAACAACUGUAAAAAGUAAACUGUUGAUAAAAAAAGGUUGGGAGAAUAUAUAUAUAUAUAUAUAUAUAUAUAUAUAUAUAUAUAUAACAUAAAACAAAGACGAGACAAGUAAUUUUUAGUAUUACACAGAUUCUGAAAAAUACUCCAAACAAACCACUAAUCUGAAAAGGGUCUGGUCCCAACUGGUUUGGACUACUGAGAGUCUGCUGUAUCUGAUAAUGAGAUGUGCUCUUGCUGUCGAAUGCUUCAAAAUAGGGCCUUGUUGGCGAUAUAUCCUGUAAUCACAGCUGCCCUUUCAUAUACCUAAUCUGCAUGUGCUUGCUACUUCCAGUCAUAUUGAGAGUGGUUCCCUAAACAUAGGUGUCUGUCACGUGAAGGAUACAAGAGGAACCGGUAGGUAUCUGACAGCAAACAAAUAGGAAAAUAUAAGUAAAAAUCUACUUUUCUGUGUUUCACCUGUUUCCCUAAUUGAUUCCUGUCCUAUUAUUUAAACACUUGACAGAAUUCUAAAGACAUUGUCAGAGUGAGGUGACACACAAGUGUAGUCACUCAUAAGUUUAAAUGGGGACAUGACAAAGUUUUAUUUAGAAUGUCGCAUCCGCAUUACUAAAGUUCAAUUCGUUCACUAGACUAGAAGGACCACAGUCCUGGCAUCUCCUCCAUUACUCACCCUGGAGCUCCUUUAUGUACAAAUGCUGCCUGUCGCACGUAUUAUGUUAUUUGAUGGCCUGCUCCUUACAACAAACUAAAUGAAGGAUUUUUUGUUUUGUUUUUUGGCUUUUUUAUACUGUAUGUUUAUGUGGCAUUUCAAUGUAAAAUAGUGUACUAUUCAUUGGUAUUAAUGUAUUAUGAAAUGUAAUAAAACCUUAUUUUGA